AUGAUAAACAACAAAUUUCACUGGCUGCUAUUUUCAAUUCUUACGAGACUCUGCUCCGCUAACGAUGGAUUAUUCGGCUCUAAAUUUCAAAGCGAUGUUCCUGAAUACGACUUACUUCAUGCAAUCGGCGUACCAUUCAGUAACCCGAAAACCCAAUACUUCGACGAAGGCUUAGACGGUUUCCCCGCUUACGGUUUGAAACCAGGAUCCGAUAUCAAAUCGCCGUACCGUCUGUUCAUGCCGGAAAAAUUGUACUCCGAAUUUUCCAUAACAGCCACCGUUAGACCGGCAAACAAAGAUGGCGGCUUUCUCUUCUCUGUGGUUAACCCUUUGGAAACAGUCGUGCAAUUGGGCGUACAACUCAUACCCUCCGGCCCUGGUUUGACAAACAUAUCUUUGUUGUACACUGAUGCGAAUGUGUACGCCUUAUCGCAAACGAUAGCAUCCUUUGUUGUCCCGUCCUUUUCUAAAAAAUGGAGCCGAUUCGCUUUGAGGGUUACUGUGGAUAACGUGACAUUAUUUCUUAAUUGUCACGAAUUCGAUACUGUUGCCGUGAGGAGGAAUCCUAUGGAACUGGUAUUUGAUUCAGCGUCUACGCUGUAUGUUGGACAAGCUGGACCGCUUAUCAGGGGCGCUUUUCAUGUAAGUACUAAUUUGAAUAGAGAAAAUUAG